AGGUUUACAUGUCUUUGUUUCAGGUCGAUAUGGACUACCUGAAGUGUCACGACUUCUUGAUUGCUGAUCUUCGUGUUGACGAGCAACGACAUCUCGUGUUCGCUACGCAAUUCCAAUUGAAUCUGCUACAGAACGCGACACGAUGGUUCAUGGACGGAACGUUCAAGGUACGAAGCAAAGGAACAUAAUUAUAUUAACUUCUUAAUAAAUGUUCUUUUAAGUAUUACAAUCGGUUAAUGCAUUAAAAAACAUAAGCAGAAAAUCCGCGAAGUGUUUCCUUUAGUAAGCAUAAAAGGUUGUGUCUUUCACUGGGUGCAAUCUGUGUGGCGGAAAGUACAAGAGUUAGGCCUAGCCACCGCCUACCGAACCAACCAGGCCAUCCACCAGUAUAUUCGGCAGUUGAUGGCGUUGCCGUUCCUGCCUGCCGGACACAUAACCGAGACGUUCCAUCAGCUUCAGGCCCGUGCAAACUCCGUCCAACUGACACAGCUAGUGGACUACGUAAAUCGUCAAUGGAUAAACAACGCCAUCUUUCGGGUUGAAGAUUGGAGCGUCUUCAGGCGUUCGAUUAGAACAAAUAAUGAUGUAGAAGGCUGGCAUCAUCGACUCAACAGCCAGGCACAUCAUGGUGCAGUGCCCUUCUACGUGCUGGUACCAGCCCUGCGCAAGGAAGCCGAGAUGGUGGACAUCAGCGUGCAGUCUUCCGACCUGGAGCGUGAGCAGCGUUCGUCAACCGUCAAUGCACGCCUGGAAGAAUACUGGACAAAGUAUUCAAAUGGCGAAGUGUCCACAUCCACCUUUUUGAAGGCUGUUUCGCACUUGUAUGGACCCUCUGAGUGAAGUGAAUGAAAAGAUAAUACGGGUGUUAAGUGUUGUGUUCAUUGUACACUGUAUUUGUUUCAUGUACAUAUUUGUAAGAUUAAUGUAAAUGUGUUGCAUAAUGUGUUCAUUGUAUUAUACUAUAUUCUGUAUUGUUGUUCUGUUCACUGAAUUUGUUUCAUGUACAUAUGUAUUGAUUAAUGUAAAGUUGUAACAUAAGUUUUCAUUAAUUAAUAUAAUGUAAAUGUGUUGCAUAAUAUGUUCUUGUAUUAUACUAUAUUCUGUAUUGUUGUUCUGUUCACUGUAGUUGUUUCAUGUACAUAUGUAUUGAUUAAUGUAAAGGUGUAACAUAAAGUUUUCAUUAAUAUUUAUAAUAAACAAUAAGAGAAAAUUACUGGCAUUCGACGGCUUUGUUACAUACACGCUUACACGUUAAAGACGCAAUUUUGUAGCUUAAAUUGUCAUUUAUAUAUUAAAAUGUUAAAAAGCUAUCAAUUUUCGUUAUAUUUAUUGCUUCCCUGCUUUGAUAAUAAAAUUUAGGGCGAACGGACCCAGGGCGAACAGGUUUUAGGGCGAACAAGAUUUAGGGCGAACAGAAAUUAGGG